AUGCGCCCCCGCUUCCCCCAGCGGCCCCAGCAUGUCAUCCCCGCCACGCCCACCACCAACGCCUACCCCAAUGGCGACAUCAACAUCAAGAACUUCCUCAGGUCGCACGAGAACGAGAUCCGCGCCCUCGAGGGCGCCCUCAAGGCUGCCAAGGGCGGCCUUUCCCGCCGCGCUUUCCAAGACGUCCCCCGAGAACUGCGCCGGCGCACUGCGAGCCACAACCCCAACCGUGUGCCCAAGCGGUUGCGACUGCGGGCCCGGCAGGAGGCCAAGGACGAUAACACACCCAUCUCGAGAGGCACAAGCGGCAGCGGCGUCGGCAAGGCGAAAAAGAAGUAUCUGCGCAAGGAUGGCAUGGAGCGAAGCCGGCAAGACUGGCAGGAGCGGGCCAAGAGGAGGAAAAAACAAAUGAAUGCUAGUGCAGCUGGCGACAAGGACCAGGAUGGAGACACGGCAAUGCAAGGCUGCCCCAUACAUGUCGCAAACCCACCAUGCAAGCCAAAGUCAAAACGCAAAUUUCCCACCCUAGCGACACCUGCUACUCCUCCCUCACGGUUCCGCAGACGGCAACUGGACAAGACAUGGCUGCCUACACACCUAUGGCACACGAAGCGGGCCAAGAUGACAGAUCCAAAAACGCCUCUUUGGCGGUUCGCGCUCCCUCUGCGGCCAGCCGCAAAGGCAUAUCGUCUCACGCACCGAGCUGCGUCUCAGCGAGGAGUCGUGGCCUGGGACAUGAGCUACAUAUCCACCAUCAGCCUCGAGGGCCCUGACGCAAGCCUGACCAACUUGCUAAAAGGGCUGCAUUUUGGUGCAGAAGACGCAGAGAAUCCAUGGCAGAGCAGAGGGAGGGCGAGGAAGUGGAGGAGUGGUACUAGAGCCUGGGACGGUUGGAUAUACGAAAGAGAAGCGAAGCCGCUAAAGAAGGUUGCCCAUGUCACUGUUAUAUGGUGUGUGUCAGAAGCAGACAAGGACAAGAGGAAGGCAUUCAUUCGUGUGCAUCCGAGUGCUUUCAUGCAACUCUGGAACGAGGUCGUCAGGACUGCCAAAGUGCAGAAGCCCGCUGUCACGGUUCACGAUGCCCGUUUCGAGGUCGGUUCUAUCGAGAUGACGGGUCCUGCCGCUGCAGAAGCACUCUGCUCUAUCCUUCAACCUGUGUCCUCUCCUGAUGCAGACUCUGCUGCUCCACGUGCGCUGUGGUCCACGCUAGGUUCGGUAACAGAUGCUGCUUCGCUGCCAGCGGGUGCAUUGUUGGCGUUCAACAUAACAGAUCCUCGGCUUCGUGAUCCUCCAUCUGCAACACCACUAGCACACGACCAACGGUCUGUGGCCGCUCUUACCCACACACUCGCAACCUGGCCAAUCGAUAAUACACAAGAGACCGCAGCGAUUUUUGACAUAAAUGCCAGGUCAGCCGCACAGCGGAUGAUGCCAUCCCAAAAAUCCAUAAAUCGCAGGAAAGGCGCAUGCAUGCUUGGUGAAAACCCAGAAUCCCGCCCUAGCGAUCCACAGAUACCGACGCUUGUAUAUACAUCGCGACAGAGCAGGUCUUGGACGGUACUACUUCCGUGGAAAUGCGUGAUGCCAGUAUGGCGGCAAAUCAUGCGCUAUCCCGUCUCCACAGGCGGAAACCCACGGUUCGGUGGCUUGAAAGAGCGACGCCAGGUCGACUUUGAGCGAUCAAUACCGCACUUUCCGUACGACUGCCCGGGUACAGAUGCUGGCUGGAGCUGGGAACUGCAUGAGCGGGAAGCAAGGAAGCUUGAGUGGACUAAGCGUCCAAAAGGCAAGAGGAUAGAGUGGACCACUAUCGAUCUUGGCAAUGGCAGAAAAGGUGAGGUUGGAGAUCCCUGGGCUUGUGAAUGGGAGCGCCUACUGCCUACAAACAACGGAAAGACGGUUGAUGCGCAGGAGAGGUUGAAGGAAGUAUGUACCUCUCCCCGCCAGCUAUCAUCCAGCCAGGCAAAAGACCUGGUGGAUGGCCGUCUCUUUAUUGAUGACUCGUCGUUAUCAUGCUGUGUUUUCGCUGUGAAGAUCACAAUGGUACAGCGUGGUACGCCUACAGACUGCACUCGCAUCUACCGGCUACCGACAGACCCCGAGCUUCGAGGCAAGUGGCUAUCUCUCAUGCCACAGCCUGGACUGGGCCACACGUCGAAGAAGCAGGUGAGUCGACCUGUCCAUGUCAAGCCAGACAACAACAAGCAAAGGCAGCUUGCGAGAAGCCUACUAGAGCCACCAGAGAUCGACAACGCCCCACCAAAGGCUGGUGCGGAUGGUUAUCCUCUCGUGCCCGACGAGGAGGAUCUCAUUGGAUUUGUCACCACUGGCAACUACAAUCUCGCAGAAGGCAUGCCGACGGCCAUCGCCAACCUGGCUGUGCACAGGAUCCACAGCCUUUUGUCUGCGCAAGGCAUGUCGCCGUCAGAUUGCAUGUGCAUUAGACAGCGCGACAUGUCUGAGGACCGGCCGGCCGACGACCAGGGCGAGGGCGUCGACUCUGCCGUCGGACUGCCGUCGCAUGCGCUGACACAACUGACGACGGAUAUACUCGACGACUUGCUGAGCAACAUCGUCUACAGCACUGCGCUGUCAUGCCACCGAUCCGAGAAGCUCCUUCGCAUGCAGUCGGCUGCCACCCAAGCCGAAUCCAUCGCCCUCGCGAACCUCGAGCCGCAAUCGCAGAAACAAAACACCAACGGUGCCACCGCGAUACCCGUCGCCGAGACGCCCGCCGCCAAGUACGAGAACGGGCGCGUUUUUCUGAAGGGGAAUCCGCUCAAGACUACGCCAGAGAUAAUAUGUCCGCACUGCAAGCUGCCGCGCCUCAUGUACCCGAUUAUGGGCAAGGGCAUGCAGAACCCCGACCUGACCAAGGAGUACUGCAUGCUCUACCCCUGGGUACAGAGAUCAGGCCACGACGUCUACGGCAACCCGUUCCCGACCGACAUGGCUAAGAGCAAGAAGGAGCGCGAGCUCAUCAAGCAGCAGCAGAAGAAUGCUGAGAAGGAGAGCGUCGGCACGCCUGGAUCACAAGAUACGGAUAUGGCGGGUGGCGACACCAAGGAGAUCAAGCUCAACACGGGCGGCAAGCCAGCCUCGUACAUUCCAUGGCAUACCUGUCCAAAUUGCAAGCGCAGUCUGCUCAUCACACGAUUCGCACAGCAUCUAGAAAAGUGUUUGGGUAUAAGCGGGCGACAGAGUUCACGCAACGCCAUGGCAAAGCUUGCAGGACAAAAUGGCCCAGGCUCAGGUGUCGGAAACACCCCAUUGGGAAGCCGAAUGGGCACGCCUGCACCUGGCUCACAAGACGCACCAGGUCCGAAAAGCAGCAGUAAAACCAAAGGCAUAUCCCCGACCAAGAAACUCGGCGCUGGUGACGACGCCGAAGCGGACGAACUCGGUAUGGACAACGACACGCCCGAGCGCCGCAAGAUUAAGAAGAAGAGUUCGUACAUCAAGAAGGCCGACCGGGAUAAACCCACCAAUGGCAGUGGCGGUACUCUAAAAGUCAAACUCAAAACCGGUAGUAGGCCCGAUCUUGAUCGAAAGCACAGCGAAACCAGCGAAAGAAGCGAGGGCAAGCGAGACAGAGACCCAGAUGACGGAGGCGACUCUCCCAAGAAGAAGAAGAUCAAGCUCAGCUUAAGUGGCGGCGGAAAAGAUAGGAGCAGAGCAAGUGCUAGCGUCGAGCCUACGGGUGCCGCCUCUCCUGAAUAAGAAAAGGUAGCUUGAGCAUGGAGAGCACGCGUGUAUCUGUGAGGAAGGUAUAACAUUUGUACAACGAAAGAAAACAUCAAGCAUAUGGGCGGCGUUUCUUCUUAGUUGUUGACUUUAACUUUUUUUGGUUCAAUCUUUUCUUUUCGAGACUCUCGAAUAUUGACACGGAGAGAUGGGGGAAGGAAACUGGACUUAUACCAAGGGACGGAAGAAUUGUCGAAAGAUAUUCGUCGAUUCAGUCAGGGAGGAGGGC